AUGCCAACUGAUUGUAAAGCAUGGAAACAACUCGGAAUUAAACAAAAUGGAGUAUAUCCUAUAAAACCAGAUAAUGGACCAGCUUUCCAAUUUUGGUUAGGAUUGAGCAAGAUUCAUCGUCUUACUAAAGAAGGAUCCAAGUCCUUGCGAGUAGAAAUUGGUGAUUUUGAAGGCAAUUCAUAUUAUGCCCAAUACUCUACAUUCAGUAUUGGUGAUGCUAGUACUGAGUACAGGUUGAAUUUAAGUGGCUAUAAUUCUACUGGAACCGCUGGAGAUAGCUUGGCUGAGCAUCACAGUGGAAGUAGUUUCAGUACUAAAGAUAAUGUCAAUGACAAUAAGAAUUGUCCAAUAUCUUAUAAUGGCGGCUGGUGGUUUAACCAAAUUCAUAAAUAUUGCUUUUCUUCUCAUCUUAAUGGUCCUUAUAAACAUGAACCAACUACAUUUGCUGAUUGGAUAGGAAUUAUUUGGAACAGUUGGAAAAGUGGCUUCACUCUUAAAAGUGCAGAAAUGAAAAUUAAAUGAAAAUACAUUGCUACACUUUUUAAUUGUGAACAUGCUGCUUAUUUUGCUGAGUAGUUUUGUAACAAUUAAUUAUAUUAUAAUGUGUGUGUGUGACAGGAUUGUGUAGAAUCAGUUAUUAUUUAGUGUA